UUAAGUCGUUUACUCAAAAACACCUCCAUCACUCUUGCCGACGACCCUUACUUGCAGGACCUUUUUUUACACGAAUUUCACUUCCCCGGAGGUAGACGCCUCCAUGUCGUUGGUUCCUGCAACGGACUGCUAUGCUUGUACGGGUAUGUUUCCACCUUUAAUUAUGAAGAGAUUUUUCUUUAUUUAUGGAACCCAGCAACGAAGACAUUAUCUAGCAAAAUCGUGUUUCUUCACGACGAGUUUAACCUCCGUAAGUGUGCUCGUGAUGACACACCGUCACUAGAUACAUAUUGGAACUUUUGGUUUGGUUAUGAUAAUUCAACCGACACUUACAAGAUUGUGGCAUUCUGUCGGAAGAUUAAUGACGUGAGAGUUUACAAUUUGGGUGAUGAUGUUUGGAGAAACAUUCAAAGUUUCCCCGUGGUUCCUUUUCGCAACUUUGCCACUCUAUCCUAUACUCAUCUGGGUAUAAAUGAUGGUGCCUACGUGAGUGGCACUGUUAAUUGGUUGGCCAUUCGAAAUGUGUGCCCAUAUAACUUUGAUUUGGAUCUUGUUACUAUUGAUCAAUUUGUGAUCAUCUCCCUUGAUUUGAGUACGGAGACAUACAAUCAGUUUCAACCCCCUCAUGGUUUUGAUGAAGUGACAUCUGUUGAGCCCACUCUGACUAUAUUGAUGGACUCCCUUUGUUUUUCUCAUGAUUUUCCUGGGACCCAUUUUAUUAUAUGGCAGAUGAAAGAAUUUGGAGUUGAAGAAUCCUGGACUCAGUUCCUUAAAAUUACUCACCAAAGUCUUCCAAUUAUUGAAAGUGUCAUGGAGAAUAUUUAUGCAACAGGCUUCUUCCCAUUGUGUCUUUCUGAGAAUGGCGAUACACUGAUAUUGGCAUGGGAUGAAGACGAGUCAGCCAUUCUCUAUAAUUUGAGAGAUAAUAGAGGAGAGAAAACUAGAAUUAGCAAUCAAAUACAGUGGUUUUGUGCCAAGAAUUAUGUUGAAAGUUUGGUUUCGACUAGUUCAAUGUAGGUUUCUUUUCUUAUGAGUCAUCGAAAUUUUACUCAACAUCAUAUCUCGGCAUUAUUAUUCCACGGGUUACAUUAUCCAUUCUGCCUAUAUACAUUAUUUUUCAUGUUUCUGUUAGUGACUUGGGGUGUGUCACUUUUUAAUACCCUUGUUGGGACUGUGGUAUGAUCAUUGGCUCAAAGAAUCAUCUUCCUUUUUCUAUUAUCAAGCACAAAAGAAAGAAUUUCAUUAGAGUGGAAUGGAAAGUCCAAUACAAUUUUGAACCUGGCCUUCUCGCAGUGUUUUGAAUAUUGCAGCAUGGACAUGCUAAC